AAAACCCUCUCUUCUGGGAACAAGAAAGAUCCCAAAAGACACAAACACACUCUAACCCCAUCAAACAGAAAUAAAGCAAACCAAAAAAAAGCUUUUUCUUUUAGUUCCAAUUGUUGAAAAUAAGCAGAAACUUGUGUAAUAGUUGGUUGAUAUCUUAGGGUUUACAAGGACAACGAAGAAGGAGAAGAUCAUCUUCGGCUAACUCUGAAGAAUCGGUUGAGAAUGUACGAGGAAAGUUCAUGUUUUGAUCCUAAUCCAACGGUGGAAGCAAUCGUCGACGAUUUCUGCGAGUCUCCGGCGGUGGAUACAGCUUUUCCGGUAAGCCACCAGUACCAACCACCGAUCUUGGUCGCCGGAAGCACAACAAACAGCUUCAACGACGAGCUUAAGCUCCCAACAAUGGAUGAGUUCUCUGUUUUCCCUUCUGUCAUCUCUUUCCCAAACUCAGAAACUCAGAACCAAAUCAGCAACAACAACAACAACCAUUUGAUCCAGCAGAUGAUUCACGACUCAAACUGGGCUGUUUCUACAGACAACUCUGGAUUCUUCAUGAACACUUCAGAUCCAAACACAACAACAACUCCAAUCCCUGAUCUUCUCAGCCUCUUGCAUCUACCUAGAUGCUCUGUUUCACUACCAAGCUCGAACCUUUCUGAUAUAAUGUCCGGUUCUUGCUUCACAUACGACCCACUCUUCCACUUAAACCUUCCUCCACAACCUCCAUUGAUCCCUCCUAAUGACUACUCAGGGUUCUUGCUUGGAAUCGAUCAUACCAAUUCUACUCAAAGAGAUCAGACAAAUGUUGGUGAUGAGAACAACAAUGGUCAAUUCGACAGCGGAAUCAUCGAGUUUAGCAAAGAGAUUAGGCGUAAAGGAAGAGGGAAGCAAAAGAACAAACCUUUUACAACAGAGCGUGAGCGAAGAUGUCACUUGAACGAGCGUUACGAGGCCUUGAAACUGCUCAUUCCAAGCCCGAGUAAGAUUGGUGAGCACUACAGUUUCUUGCUCAACACUAAGCUAAAUGAAGGAUCAACGAUAUAUGCAAGUGCAAUAGCAAACAGAGUGAUUGAAGUUGUGGACAAACACUACAUGGCUGCUCUUCCCAUCAAUAACUAUGAAUUAUUAGGCUAGCUUUGUCUAUUUUUUGACGUUUUUAAUACAUGUUUACUCAUCUGCAAGACUAAAUUAAUAAAAUCUAAUUUUGGAGCCA